UUCGGUGGAGCAAACACGUUAACAUGAGUUUCGCGAAGGACCCAGUCACUCUGAAAAUCAUCCUCAUAGGAGACUCGGGGGUGGGAAAAUCCUCCGUCAUGAGCAGAUAUGUGAACCACAGCUUCACCAACAUGUACCGGGCCACGAUAGGGACGGACUUCCUCUCUAAAACCGUGACUAUAGACAAGGACACCAUCACCCUGCAGAUCUGGGACACUGCAGGCACAGAGAGGUUUCAGUCUCUGGGUCCACUCCUGUACAGAGGAGCUCACUGUUGCAUGCUGGUGUUCGACGUCACAUCCAAGGCUAGUUUCUCGGCUCUGGAUGUCUGGAGGAAGGAAUUCCUGUUCCAGGCCGAACCCCAGGAUCCAGAUGAUUUUCCUUUUAUUGUCGUCGGCAACAAAACUGACCUGAGCGACAGAGAGGUGUCUCGUGGAAAAGCCCUGCAGUGGUGUGAGGAAAUAGGAGCAGAGUACUUCGAAGGAAGCGCCAAGGAGGACCUCGACAUCGAGAAGCCGUUUCUGAGAGCGGCUCUGAGCGGCUUACGGCAGUACAAAAAACACACAUUGGAAAAUACAGGACAUUUCCAGAUAACCUGCAAACAGCCGAGAGAAACUCGCAACACCUGUGAGUGCUGA